UCAAUUCAAUCAGGCGUCGCAUCGCUGGCGUGCAGCAUCCCAAUCAGCGGCAAUUCUAGUGGUUCCAGUGCCAAAACAACAUUAUAAUGGCCACAGAAACUGACGGGCCCCAAUAGACGGGCGGACGCAGCCCCAGUUCGCGCAGUUCGUCUUUGGCGUCGUUAGCGUCCGUUUGAAUGGAACAAGCGGCAGCAAAAUUAUAAAAAUAGAUUAAAUUUUUAGCGUCGGAAAGUAGUUGCAGAAAAUUCGAACUUACCCAGAGCUUUCCGACUCUUCCGACUCGCCCGCCCAUCCGUUGUCCAAGUGUCGUCAUCAAUGAACAGCGCCGGACCAAUUUAAUUAGAUUCCCUCAUAAACUUUUUGUCUAGCGCGGAAGAGCGUUUAGUUCAAUUCUGUGCGAAGCUGCGUGCGGGCGCCAAUUCAUUUUUUAUUUUCCCAAGCGUUUUAUACAUUUUUUGUUUCAAGUUUCGUAUUUAAUAGUGGUUACACUUUGUCGGCAGGAAAUAUAAUAGCUCUCCGCAGUUAACGCAACCAGGUCUGUCAGAAUGAGUGCUGAUCCUAGUCUCACUGCGUCUGGAGUUCCACGCGAAAUCAGUCUUGGAGCUGAGAUUUUCCACAGCAUUGCAUCCGCAGCUGCAGAUGAAAAUGUAAUCAUAUCGCCACUGCUGCUGGAGGCGACGCUGGCGCUGCUCUACCUCGGCUCAGAUGGCGCGACAGCUGAGGAGCUGCAGAGGCUGUUGGAGCUGAAGCAGCGCUUUCCCAGCAAUGCCAAGAUGGCCAAUUUCUAUGCUGCAGAGCUAUCUGCAGCGACUGGCGACAAGGAUACACGCAUUCAGCUGCAAAAUCGCUUGCUGCUGCAGGCCACCGUCGGCACGAGCAUUGCGGAUGACUUCCAGAAAAUCGCACAAACAUAUUUCCAUGCGACGGCCGAGUGCCUCGACCUGCAGCAGUCUGAGAAGGUGCGCCGCUACGUUAGUGAAAAUAUUUUGGCCAGCACUGGCGGCGGCAACUGGCAGCAGCCGCUCCAGGUGAACGCAAGCCAAGCGGCACAGCUGCUGUUGCUGCUCGCGGCGAGGCUUCAAAGCAAAUGGUUUUUGCCAUUUAGUGCCUAUCGCACGGGCCUCUACGACUUUCACAGCUCCACAGGCGCCCCCAAGCCGGUGCCCAUGCUCUUCGAUGACGACAUGUUUGUCAAGUACGCGGAGCUGCGGGAGCUUAACGCCCGCGCCAUUGAGCUGCCCUAUGAGCAUGCCGACGAAUGGGCCAUGCUGCUAAUCCUGCCCAACAAGCGCGACGCCUCGGCCCUGGCAGAGCUGGAAACCCAACUGCGCGCUCAUGAUCUGGGCGCACUGCAGCAGCGUAUGCAAAUGGAGAGCGUUCAGGUGUUGCUGCCCAAGUUUAGCAUAGACUUUGAGUGCAGUCUGCGACAGGCGCUAAAGCAGUUUGGUUUUGCCGAGAUUUUUGGCUCCUCAGCCAACUUCAAGCAUUUGCAUACAGUCGCGAAUCAGCCAAUUGUCGAUGUUUUGCACAAGCUGCGGAUUGACUUAAACGAAUCGGGCUCAGGCUCAGAGUUGCCUCAGCCGGCGACAGGUUAUAAGCCCAUUGUGAUUAGCAAUUCCUCGCGGCAGAAGUUCUUUCGGGCGGAUCAUCCAUUUUUCUUUGCCAUACGCGGCGAGAACGUGACCCACUUUGUGGGGCAUGUGGUUAGUUUUUAGCGGACAUGAGUCAGCAAUAAUAGUGUGUACACCAGACGGAUAAUAAUAAAUUAAUAAUUGUAAUAAUACUUAAUAAUAAUAAUCCAUCGUCACAACAUCAAAUUUAAAAUCUCUGUUGUGGAUUUUCUAUAACAA